AUGAAGAGCUACAUCCGCGAAGCCUCCCGCCGGGCAAAGGACCCGUCGCUGGGCCUACCCAAGCUCAUCUACUCGGUCAACCUCGACCGUGUCGGCGAGUACUUGAAGUCCAAGUUUCUGCCCCUCGACUGCGACGACGAGACGCAAGAGUUCCUCAACAGCUGCCACGACACGAGCAUGUUCCGCACGGUCGCGUCGCGCUUCCUCAACAUGUUCUACUCGGUGACCGACACCAAUGGCAUGCUUGGCCGUGGCCAGAUGUUUGUCUUCUCGCGCUCCCACGCCCAAAGCAUGUUUGCGUUCCCAGACAACAAGUGUGGUGGAAAGCUGCUUGACAUUGGCGCGGGCGACGGCAACGUCACCGAGCGCUUGGCGCCGUUCGUCGACGAGAUUCGCACCACCGAGGUCUCGCUGCCCAUGGUCAAGGUGCUCAACGCCAAGGGCUUUAACUGCACGCACACGACGGACCUCUCGCACCCCGACAUUGCGACCAACGGGCCCUACCACAUCAUCAGCUUGCUCAACGUGCUGGACCGCGCCGACACACCGCUUACGCUUCUGCGUCAGAUCCACGAUCUUCUCCACCCUGAUGGCGUGCUGUUGAUUGCAGUCGUGCUGCCCUUCUCGGCCUUCGUCGAGGUCGGGACGCAAAAGUUGCCGCCGAGCGAGCCCUUACCCAUGGAUGGCGGCCUCUGUAAGGAGCGCGCGUCCUUUGAAGACGCUGCGCGCAUCAUGGCCGAGCGCGUCUUCUCGCCCAACGGCUUCAAGGUCAAGAGCUUCAGCCGCGUCCCGUACCUCUGUCGCGGCGACAUCUCGCAGCCCUACUAUGUGCUUUGCGACGCCCUCUUUACGCUCGAGAAGAAGAAGACGAAGAAGAAGACGAGCAACUAG